GUACCAUUCCAUCAGUGAUAAUUUUUUUUGUUGUAAAUUUUGUAUUCUGUGGUGGUACGUGUUGGUGUCGUCUGCCGUGUUUACAGGCAAUUUUUUGUAUUCUAGAUUUAAAGCGAUAUAAUGAUAUUAUUAAUUAAUUAUAAUUAAAUUAUUAAAAUAAAACAAGCAAAAUAUUUUAUCAAACAAAGUAUAACAGAAUUAAACAUGGAACAAUUCGGCUGGUAUUCUCGAGGUUUCUUGGUGAUUUGUCUUCUUCAAAUCGGAUUUAUUGCCCCCUCACAGCAACAACUCAUUCCAUAUGGCACGCAACAAUUUUUCGAAUAUCAAAAUAAAGUUUCCGUGACUGAUCUCCACAAUCUCAAUUCCAAAGAUACAAUCUCAUAUACACUAACUCUAACUGCUACCGUACGUUCAAUAUGGCAUCGUGAUACAACUCAAUUGCUUUUAAUAACUCUUCACAAACCAAAAAUCCGUACCUCGAAUGAACAGCAAAAUGUUCCAAAAAUAAUCGACAAACCUUACUAUGUGGUUGUGGAAGAUGGUAAAGUAAUUGAGUUAUUAGCUGAUCGCAGUCGAGAUGCAUAUCUAUUAAAUCUACGACGCAGCAUUGCAAGUUUCUUUAAUUUCCAUUAUGAAAAUGGUCCUGUACCAGAAAUUGAUGUCUCCGGUGAGUGUAUUGCCUUUUACUUGGCCAAAUCGUCAACAAAAUAUGAAAAAAUCAAAUCCGAUUGCAGUAAUUGGGAUCUCAAAGUUACCUAUAGAUCGGAACUUCCAUUAGAUAUAGAAGUUAGUCUUCCUUCAGGUGUGGAUAUGAAACCUUCGCUCAAAAUAGAAUAUGAUUUAGCUCAAGAUGGUAGUUUGCUUAAAUUACGAUCUCAUGAAUCACAUUCCAUAGCAUUGCAUGCUAAACCAGACGCUGGCAGUCGUGUUGAAUCGGAAAUUAUUCUUAAGCAUGUUGCUGGUUCAGCUGUUGGGCAGUUAAAGUUUGACACUUUGAAUGAUACUAUUUCAAGUUUGGAAGACUUUAGAGCCUAUGAGAUGCCAGCAGAGGUGGAUGGCCAAACGAGUGAAAUAAAAGGAAUAACGCUCGCUGGAGAAAUAUCCGCUCACAAAAAUGAACUGACCGAAGAAAACAUUGGCAAAGAAUCCACAGCUCUUCUUUUAGUUAAACUCCUGCCUCUUGCAAGAAUUACAAACACUGAAGAAAUCAUUAAGAUUCUUGAAGCUCAUAAAUCGAUCAGAAGUCAAAUAAUUGAUCUCCUUGGAGCAACACAAACAAUCCACGCCCACAAUGCAUUUUUCAAAGUCUUCAAUAUGGAAAAUAAAGAAAAUGUAGACAUAAUAGAGAAAUAUCUUCAAGCCUUGUCAGUGGGUACUCAUCCAGAUAGAGCAAUCAUUGAAGAUCUAUUUGCAAAAAUUAAUGGUCAGACAAUAGAAGACUCCAAAUUAAAAGACACCCUGAUUCAAACAACAGCUUCGUUAGCACGCCAAUCAACUUUUGGCGAAGGUGAUGAAUUGGUAUCAAAAAUAAGAAAGUAUCUCCUUAACGAGCUGACAAUAAAAUGCACCUCCACUGAAUGUAAAACGCAGUACAUUCGUGCUCUUCAAAAUCUCCAAGAUAUCACCACUGUUCCUGUCCUUCUUAAACUUGCCACCGAAGGUGAUGUUAAGGUUUCGGUUACAUCAUUGCAAGCUCUACGUAGUUUCCCCAUCAAAUAUUUCUCAAAUGAAGAUAGUAAAAUCUUUGAGUCUAUAUUCUUUCAAACCAAGAAAAAAUAUGACUCUAGUGCGAGAACAUUGGCACUUGAUAUAAUUUUAGAUAUGAAACCAAAUAAAGAACAACUCGGUCAACUACUUAAUUAUUUAGGUUCGAAUGAUCGUCAAUUCGAAGUUAAGACUUAUCUUUUGCAAAAACUUCGAAUGAUUAGCGAAAAGUGUCCCAGAUUUACGGCACUUCUCAAAGUUUGUUUAUCGGAAAAGCCAGCUAUCAACAAUUAUCAUGUCAUCGGACAAAAGGGUCUAACAACUGCAUUACAUAGAGUUUUAACAAAGAGUCCGGCAUUUAAUGAAAGUCUACUUAGUAUUCAGGAAAUAAAUCAAGGUGUAUUGAAGAGAGGUAGUGUGGAAAUGAUUCUUGGAGCAGGACGUGAACAAAUUAGUACUUUUAAGCUCGGUAUUUAUACAAGUGGAUUAAAUUCUUUUGUUGGAGAGUCCAGCAGCGAAGAAGGAGUUGGCGAUGAUGAAGAAGAAGAAGAUAGUCCAGUGACAGCUGGUAUGGAAAUAUCCGUUCAAGGUGUUCUUUUGCGUCCACUGGUAUUUUUCAAUGGCCAAACUGAAUUAAUGGGUCAUGUAUGGAGUGGUACAGCAUCUGAACCAACUCCAGCAUUUCUCGCAACGACUUUGGUUCAAGAUCAUGAACAUUAUGUGAUGUUAUCGAGUGGUUCCACUGUGUAUCUGCAAGUGUUGGGUGCCAAAUCAAUUGAUUUGAAUGGUCAAGUGCAAUUCAGUUUGUGGAAUCGUAAUGCCCAUACAGAAAUCAAUCAGAUUGCUGGUACUGGAGUAGUUGGUUCGAUGGUUGUGGGAACAUCGUUUGCAAAAUUAGAAAAUAAAUUUUCACUUACAACAGAGCCAAAGAUAAGUCUUAUUGCUGAUAGUGAUUUCUAUUCAGAUAUGAAACUUUGCAUUCAAUUAGGAAGACCAGAGAGUUCAUUAUGGCAUCAACAUAACAAAUCCGUUAUACUAACAGAUGAAUCUCCAUAUAGCAAAAAAAUUACUUCAAAAGUGGAACACAAAUUGCCUGGAAGUACAUUAGCUUUAAAUCAGAAAAACAAUGAAAUGUGUAACAUGAUCUUUCCAUCGUAGUAAGAACACAUAUAAAUUUAAAUGAAUAGUCACAAAUACACAAAAGUAGAUAGAACUUCAAAUUCUUCCUCUCUUAGUUGUUAACAAUUUAUACACAGACAAUUUUUAUAAAUACAGCAUUAUCGAACAAAUUUUUUUUGAUAAUUAUAUUUUUAUAUAUUGAAAUAAAUAAUUUAAAACAAAAUUUUAA